AUGUCUCCCGUCCCCCGCCCACAACAACAGGGUCCUAUACAGAGCGUGACUAUACGCGAGGUGAAGGGCCACCUGGCAUCCCUGAGCAGCCUGAAGCUGCGCCUGCGCGUCAAGAUCAAGGACGUUGACAUCGUGCUCCGCCCCUCGCCCCCCUCCACCUCCAAAAAGAAGAAAAAAGCCUCCAAAAACGCCUCCAGCAGCAGCGGAUCCUCAGCCAAGGGUCCGACCAGGAAGGCCGGGGCGAUUGCCGCCGCCUGGGGCCGGUGGAAGCUGCUGGGAAGCUUCUCCCGGGUGGUUCGGGUGUGCCUGUUUGACGUGUCUGUGCGGUGGGCUCAGGCUCCUGACGUGUGCUUCCAGCUGAGGGAGUUCGACCUGUUCUCCACGGCUGAUGCCUCAGGGAAAGGGCAGGUGGCUAUGCGAUUGGAGCUGCUAGGGAUCUCGCUCUCCCAUCGCCCCCCUCUUUCUGAGAAGAGCCCUGGGCUCCGAUCCAGAUCGAUGAAUUUGUUCAGGAUUGGGGGUGGGGGUGGGGAGGAAGGGAGUGGGGAAGAGGAGUGGGAUGGUGAGGGAGGAGGGAGGGGAAGAGGGAGUGUGGGAGGAGGAGGAGAGGGGAGUGGGGAUGAUUCGCUGCCGUUGAUGCUGCUGGAGAGCUGGACGACUGACGUGGCACUAGGGUUUGACAGGGAGGUGGGCAUAGCAGUGCGGCAGCUACAGCUGCAGUAUUCGGAGCUCGAGCUGAACCUCUCGGAGCGCCUGCUCGCCCUGCGCAUCGUCAAGCCCCCCAAGCGCCCCCCUGCUUUCCAGCCUCCUGUUCCUGCCGCACCCGUGGCUGCCGUGACAAUUCCUGUGCUGGUGAACGAGAGGAAGCGCCCCAACCUCCCAGAAAAGGUGCAAGUCACCCUACCGCGCAUCAUGCUGCGUCUCUGGCACCACCGCUGUGGCCUCUUGCUGCGCAGCAGCUGCGGCCCCAUCAACCUCUCCUCCUCACUCUCCCGCCCGGCGCCUGAUCUCUCAGUCAUCGAGGCUGAUUUCAGUAUCGGCAUCGUGGAGGUAUUGAAGAGUGCGGAGGGCAGUGCUCUGUCUGUCACACGUGUAUCUUCAUCAGCAUGCCUCUCCUUCCCACACUAUACGGCAGAGGCAGUGCGGGCAGAGGUGGACGUGACCCUCUCAGCCGUGGACUGGCGGGUGUUCCCCGCCACUCUCGCCCCGUGGGUGGCAGCAGCACUGGAGGAGAUGCGCAGGAAGAAAGCAGCAGCACUCAGGCGCCAGCACCUGCAGCUGCAGCAGGAGGUGCUGGAGCAGCAACAGCAGCAGCAGCAGGGGUAUUUGGAAGGGAUUCUGUCGCCUCGUGCCAAGGCCAGAGGCGCAUCCCGAAAAGCUGAUUCACCGCUAGGCAAGAGUGCAGUGGCAGCAGGAGAAGCAGGAGGUGGAGUAGGAGGGGGAGCAGGGGCACCAGGAGCAGCAGCAGCAGAGGCAGCAGCAGUGGUGGCGGUUCCGAAGCCAAAGAAGCCAAAGCGGCCGUUCAGGCUAGAGGCAGUGGUGGGAGCAGUGGGAGCAAAGGUCACAGUACACGAUUACGACGGUACCCCUCUCUAUAAGGCCUCUGCUGCCAAGUUCCACCUCUUUCUCUCCAAAUCCACUGGCUCCCCCCCUGCUGCUGCUGCUGCUUCGCGUGCCUCUACUGCUUCGACCCCAAUGGGGCCCGUUUCGCCUGGUUCUGCAGCUGCUGGUGCUGGUGGUGGAAAGGCAGGGUGGGGCCGCAGCAAGGGUGGGCGGUACUCGUUCCUGAGCCGGUCUGGGAGUGUUCUGGGAGGAGCAGCAGGAGGAGGAGGAGACGGAGCAGCAGCAGCGGUCAGCAGUCCUGGGGUUUCCAGGACUAGCAGCAGGGCGGAAGCAGCAGCAGCUAGGACGGGUUUUAGCAGGUCUACCAGCUGCUUUGCUGCCAGUCCCACUGGUGGUGCUGGUGGCGCUAUCCCUGGUGGCGGUGGCUUUGGAAGAGCUUCUGGCUCCGCCUUCCCUUCCUCGUCCUCCGUCCCCCAUGCCUCCUCUCCUGCUGCUGCUGCUGCUGCCGCCGCCGCCGCUGCUGCUGGGCCUGGCACUGCUGCUGGUGGUGGUGAGAGUGUGUUGGAGGUUCAGGUGGAAUAUUCAGGCGUGCAGGUGGCAAGGCUGCCCAGAGAAGAGGACUUUGCCAGGCUUGCUGAGACACACGGUGCUGCCGGUGCUGCCGGUGCUGCCGGUGCUGCUGCUCCUGCUGCUCCUGCCGCUGCUGCUGCGGGUGCUUCUGCUUCUGCUGCUGCUGUGCCUCGGGAGCAGGUGUUUAUUCAGGUGUCGCGCCUGGGAGUAGAGUGGGGCCCUGGGAUCCCCGACAACUGGGAAGAGCUUGGGGAUUCGUCAGGAGGGAAGGGAGGGGGAGGAGGGAAAGGGGACUUAGGAGGAGCAGAAGAAGGAUCAGGAGGAGGAAUUGGAGUAGCAGGGAGGGUAAGUUCCCCUGGUGGUGGCUCGGGUGGGGGUGCAUACAGGGAGGUUGGUGGAGGGGCGAAUGGGGGGACGGGGGGAGGGGGGAUACUAGAUAAGGUGAUGAUGGUGCAAGUGGGGGUGCGGGGACUCAGGCUGCGCCCCUCCUUCCCCCUCCUGGGAUCGAUUGCAGAGGAAGUCACUCGAGCAGAGCAGUUUGUGAAAAGGGAGAAGAAGAGAGGCGCUGGCACAGUAGGUGCUGCUGCGGGUGGGGCUGCUGACGCGACUGCUGCUGGUAAAGAGUCAGGCAAAGGGAAGAGCAAGAGCAAGAGCAAGGGCAAGGGUAAGGGCAAAGGUGUGAAGGCGUUUCGUAUAGUCCUGGACGAUUCUCUUCUGGAGCUGGAAUGCCCGUGCACGGUGGUUGAAGCGGACGUGCUAGACCCUAAGAAAGUGCAUUUCGGGGAUGAGCUGGGGGAGAGAAUUUUCCACCUCACCCCUGAGGGAGACCUGAGGGUGGCGAGGGUGAGGAGGUUUGAGUGGGAGGGGGCGGAGCAUGCCUCUGUGGUGUGUGCAUUGCGGGUGGAGCUGCCUUCGGUGUCGGUUGGAGGGAGAGUGGGGGGGAAGCAGGUGCAGGUUGGGGUGGAAGGGGCGAGAGUGGUGUAUGUGGAGAAAGGGGAGGGCGGGGAGGUGGGGAGUGCGGUGCGGAGCGGUGGAGCUGGGUGCGGGAAGGGGGGUUUGGAAGGGAAGGGAGGGGAGGAGAAGAGGGUGGGGAGGGAAGGUGGGAAGAGGCAGGAUGGGGUGAUAGCAGAGGUGGUGGUUUGUCGGUUACAAAUGGCCCACGUGUUGCUUCGGAAAGGGCUGCUAGGUCCGGACGGAGGUCCGGCGCCGGACCGAGUGGUGGUUACCGCAGCUGGGCUGGAGGCUCGGUGGGAGCCGGACGUACAGGUGCUGGUGGUGGAGGUAGGGGAGGAGAUGAAGGAGGUGACUGGUCGGAGAAAGGCUGUUAUAGAGCAAUGGCGGGCGAUGGCAGAGAGAGAAGGGGAGACGGAGCAGGCACGGGUGAAUCAGCAGCAGGCAGAGCAGAAGGCAGAGCAGGAGACGCAGCAACGGAUGGCGCAGGAGCAGAAGGGAGGGAAGGGAGAGGGAGCGGGUGCAGGGAAGCUAGUCACAUCAGGGGGCAGUCUGGACGCGAGUCUGCUCGGGAGGGAGGGUGGGAACCUGCUAGGUGCAGCAGCAGCAGCAGCAGCAGCAGCAGCAGCAGCAGCAGCAGCAGCAGCAGCAGCCGGCAUCAGCAGCAGCAACAGCAACACACCCAGGGCCAGCAGUAACAGCAUGGGAGCAUCUUUGCCGCCGAUAGCACCCAGUGGUGGAGAGGGCAGCAGGCGCUCUGUGGGGGUUGCCAAGUCCGCUGCUGGGGUGCUGGAGGGCGGUGUAGCAGGGUUGGGAGCGGCUGGGAGCGGUGCCGGGGGUGGUGCCGGCGGCGACGAGACAGAGAUGCGCGUGGAGGCCAGGGGGCUUUUCUCUGAGGACGCGGCCAUGGGGGCGCUUCUGGAGGGGCUGGCGUUGCGCAUCAACGGAGCCGCUAUGCUCUUCAGCGAGUCAUUCCAGGUUUCUCGAGUGCCCAGCGCAACCCCAGUGGUGGUGGCUCCCCCCUCUGCCCCCCCACCACAGCCAGAGGAAGGCGCUUCUGCCUCUGGUGGUGGUACCGUGUGGGACUAUGUGAUCCAGGCGAGCUCAGCGCGCUUCAUCCUGCCGUUCCAGUUUGAGCCCAAGAAGCCCCCUGCGCGUCAGAAAGGCCUCAUACGCCUUAUAGUGAAGGAGCUGCUUUUAGAGGUGGAGGAGGAGCCGAUUCAAGGGUGGUUGGAUGAGAGGAGACAGCUGAUGAGAUCGCUGGUGGAAGAUAAGUUGGUGAGGGAGAGAUUGCUGGAGGAAGAGGAGGAGAAUCUCAUGGGCGGGGAUAUUUUUCCCGCUGGCUUGGAGGGGCUUGUUGGGGAGGUAGCAGGGGGGGGGGAUGGGGAGAAGUCUCCUCAGGAUGUGAGAGGAGGAGUGGGAGGAGCAGGGGGGAAAGGGGUGAGUCCGCAAGUGUUGGCAGCAGCAGCGGCUGCAGCAGAAGCUGUUGGGGCUACGCAGGUGACGGGUGAAACGAAGGGAACUGCGGUCAGGUUGAAACUUUUCCGGGAACGUUUCCAGGCUGCCCGGGAGGAUCUGCACCGGCGGGCAUCCCUGGCGUACAAAGCAGCGUGCGAAAACCUUGUGAAGGAUCCGGGCACGGGCUGGGCGUAUAAAAUCGGGCUGAAUGAAAAGUUUCCGAUGACCACCACCCGAAGAAGCGCUGCUAGCUUGUGGUUCGCGUUUGCAGAGCUGGCUCUGAUACCAAUAGAGCACGGCCGGCAAGGCAUGGUGGCUAAAAUCCGUGAGCUAGACACGGUUCCUGCUUCCGAUAAGGUCCCCAUUGCUAGGAUGUACGGGCGGGCAGUGGAGCUUUCGUGUGUGGGGCUGAAAUUCUCUCUGAGGGAUUUCCCGCUACCGCUGUUUGCGGCGGCUUCCGGGAAGCUUCGUGCAACGGCGAUCAUGGCAGCCCAGGCCACGGUGCACCAGCCGCAGCAGAAGUCCGACGUGUUUCUCGGAAGGUUCCGCCGGGUGAAGGUGCUGCGAACGGCCAGUGGCGCCACGCCUCCGUUGAAAUUCUAUUAUGAAGCCGAGGCGGAGUUUGAAUCGGCUGAUCUGUCGUACGGGGUGGGGUAUGAACCCAUGCUGUUCGCCGACGUGAGUCACGCGGUAACGUGCGCUGUGAGGAAGGGGCAGCCGACGACGAGGCAGGGGAAGGUGAUUGCGGCGGCAGCGGCGGCGGCAGCAGCAGCUGGGGUACCCUAUCCUCCGGUGCAAAACACCCUCUCGGUGCCUGCUCUUGCAGCUGCGGCGGAUCCUGCUGCGGCUCCUCCUGUGUGGCCGCCUGUGGAGAGAAGCUUGCCGUGGUGGGACAUUAUGAGGUACUACAUGCAUGGGCAUGCGCAGCUCGUAGCGCUUGACUAUCAGGUGUUUCUUCAGGCUACUGUGGAUCCGUACGAGCAGAACGACAUGCUCACGCUGGUGGGGUCUCGGCUCGUGUUUUCGCAGAAGAAAGGGCAGAUGUUUGUGCGAGGGGAGGAUUUAGAAGCGCACAUGUCGAGCGUUCCGGAGGAUCCGUUAAGGAAGGCUGACGCGUGGGUGAGAGAGGGGGGAUCGGGCGGGAUCGGGAGGGGGACAGGCGGUGGGGGCGAGGGCGGGCGGUGGGAGGGAGACGAGUUCCUCCGAGCACCUGCUAUAGAGACGCCGGUUCUGGAGCUGGAUAUUCGGAUAGACUGGGAGGUGGAGGGGAAUGGGGACGCGUGUGCACAUUAUUUGCACGCGCUGCCGACAGAACCAGGCAUGCGGAAGGUUUUGUAUGAUCCGUUUAGGUCUGUGGGGAUGAACUUUCGCUGGGACUGGCGGUUUUUGUCUAAGGAGCAGGCGAGGGUGAUUCACAGCAAAGGGGAGAAGAAAGAGAAGAGCAGUGUGGGUGGCGGUGGGGUGAGGGUGGGUCGGAACAGCAGUGCCGUUGAUCUCCGAGUUGGUGGCCCCACUGCUGCUGCUGCUGGCGCUGCUAGUGUUGGCAGCGAUGCUGCUGCGGCUGCUGCUACUGCUGCGGGUGCAUCUGGUGUUUUAGGCAGGCACGCACAUGGAUCACCAGCAGGACCAGCCAUACCGCGCUCCACCUCUCUGUCUUCUGCUUCGUUCUCCCGGGCCUCCUCCUCCUCCCACCGCUUCCCCGACGACGAAGAUUUCUUCUCGGGCAGCUCAACUGCCCACCGAUCGGCGUCCAGCACCAGCGGCGGGUCGUUCUCGUCCGUUGGAUUCGAACCCGGGGCUGAGUCAGCCUCAGGAGCGGGUUUGAGUGCAAGUGGGCGUUUGCAUUCGCAGAGACACAGGAGAACGUCGUCAGGCAGUAUGCCUUGGCAUGUGGAAGCGGGGAAUUGGGAAGGCGGAGGAGAAGGAGGGGGAGGAGGAGGUGGGGGUGCAGGUGCUGCCGUGGCUGGCGGUUUUGACAGCCCACGCAUCGGAGGAGGAGGAAUCGGAGGAAGCGGAGGAAGCGGAGGAAUCGGAGGAAGCGGAGGGAUUGGGGGAGGGUUUGAGGUUGCUGGUGGGGGUGUCCGUCAGCCAACGUUCAACCUGGCAAGCCACGACAUCAAGUGGCUGUUCAAAUUCUACAACCUCAUGUAUCUCUCCUCCCACAAGCUCCGGAACUUCGGCCGCCGCCGCUACGGCAUCGCGAGGAAGGCCAAAUCCGGGAACCUGAACCUCAGCCAGGUGAUGUCUGAGAUGCUGAUCCGCCUGCACAUUGCCCCGGGCGCGUGGCGGCAUUAUUCGUUCCGGAACCCGGACCCGGCGGAGGGGUUGGUGUUGCUGGUGGAUGAGUUGGUGUAUGAGUUGUGCUACAGCCGGAAUUUGAAGGCGUGGGAUGGGAAGACGAGAAGGCCGAGUUUUAAGACGGCUCAUACGGGGCUGGAUGUUGUGCGGAUGAGGAUUGUGGUGGAAGAGCCGGGGAGUGGGGAGGGGGAAGGGGAUGGGCAGGAGGGUGGGAGUGGAGGGAUGGAGGGGGGUGGAGGAGGGGGAGGGGGAGUGGGGAGAGGGGGUGUUGGUGGGACGAGUGGGCGGGUUUUGGAAGGGGAUGAAGCUUCUGAGAAGAUUCUGGAGUUGUUGAUGGGGGAGGACGAGGUGGGGGGAGGGGGAAGGGAGGGGGUGUUGGGAGGGGUGGCGGGGAGGGGCCUAUCGAGGAAAGGGCUGGUUACCAGACGAAGCACUGGAGGCAGCAGCUUCGGAUGGGGCGGAGGAGAAGGAUUGGGAGGGGUACUGGGAGAGGAAGCAGGCGGGGGGAGGGGCACAGGGGCAGCAGGAUUCAGGAGCGGCAGCAGCGUGGGGGGCGGGACGGUGGGGGAAGGAUGGACGAAGGCUGAUCAGAGCUUCUUGAUGUCAUGUGAUGGGGUUAUGAUCCGCAAGCAAGCGCCUGACGGGAAUGCGGAGCAGAUUCAGAAGUGGCGCGUGGGGGAGGGGUGGAAGGGUUGGCUCAUGGGGGCUGCAGGAGGAGGCGGGGAGGGGAGCAGCAGAGGGGGGUUGAGCAGGAGUAAGAAAGGGAGCAGCAGCCGUAUCAGCGAUUUUGCAGCGGAGGAGGAGGAGGGCUCGGAGAGUGACGGGGACGAGGGGGAGGAGGAGGAUGAGGAGGAGGGGGGCGGGGAGGGGGAGGAAGAGGGGGAGGCGGAGCAGGAUCUAGCUGACAUUCUUGCUUUACUAGUAGCAGACGAUUGUUGGAGGAUCCUGGUUCCGGGGCUGAGGCUCCUCCUCACCAUCCGCAACCGAGACGCUCUGUGGGCGUGGAUGGCGGAGUUCCAGCGCGGAUUCGCGUCAGACAAGCCGUCCCCGUCGCGCCAGCUGGCGCAACGCAAGAGGCUGGAGGCGGCGGGGGGGGUGCCGCCGCCGGUGGUGGGGGCGGCGCUGGUGGCGGCGCAAGUGGCGGCGCAGAUCGCUGCGGAGAAGGCGGAAAAGGAGGCGGCAAAGGCUGCUGCUGCUGCUGCUGAGGCUGCGGCGGGAGCGGCGCAAGCGCAAGCCAAGGCAGCAGGAGAGGGGGGGGGAGUGGCGGAGGUGGGACAGGCGGGAGCGGGAGGUGGUGUGGUUGGUGGUGGUGCUUCUGGUGGUGAUGGUGAGGGUGGAGGGGGAAGGGGAGGGAUGGGGGAUGGGGCGGCGGGUAUGGGGAUGGGGGGAGAGGAGGAUAACUGCACGUUGAACUACAUGAUCAACAUCAUUCGGCCGCAGUUCAACUUUCACUCUGAAGAUGCGCAUGUGAGUAUGAUCUUCUGA